CAUCGAUCCAUAUGUCUCCGCCAUCGUCGUGUCCUCCAGAAGUAGCCCUGAAGACAUCGCUCGGCUCUGCAAGCUUGCGUUGUAGCAGCGAAGCGUGCGAUCGUCUUUUUCUGGCAACCUGGCACGCUCCACACACCUUGCGACAUCGUCUGCAACCCUCACAAUCUAGACAAGAUGCCCUGGCCAAAGCCCCCGCUCGAGCGCUCGAUCUUCAAUGUCGACCCUCUGGACGAGUUUUCCGUUACAAUCGCGGACUGGAUUUGGAGCCAUGUGCAAGGCUUACAGAAUAUUGAGAUCGAGGCCAAAAUCGGCACACUAAUAGAUACGAGCACAAACCAUCGAUUACGGCUGCCAGUGCUGUGCGAAACAAUCGUGGACAUGCCAGGAGUUCGUUUUGAGAGUGACAUGUCAGCGAAACAACAUGCACAUUUCAACGCAAAACUGAAUGAGGUCGUUGAGCGCACAUCCUCACAGUCGUACAAAGGAGAUAAAGUCCGAUAUCGACGGUCGAUGGAGGCCGAUGCCUUCUACCAUAUUCCAGGAUCCAAAGAACGGAUCAGGGUGACGAAAAACGAGGAGACAAUGAAAAUCACCAACGCAAUAGUGAAGAAGCGUAUAGCCAAUAUGGAAGUUUAUAGUCCAAGAUCUCUUUUCGAUUUCCGCAUCAGCAUCAACACUGAAGAGCCUGUCGAGCCACCAGAUGCAGAGCCAGCGUACAUCCGCAACAAGAACCGAGUUUCCUACGCUCACCAGUGCUUCCAAGUUGACCUCACGCAGGUUCAAACACCAGAGAAUCCGUACCGACAAAUGCAUGAGUUGGAAGUCGAGAUGCUGGACGUGGGCAGCUUUCUGAGCUUAGGGGAAGAGGCCCGACGGCAGGGGGAAAGUCAAAAGUGGACGCCGUUCGAAGAUCGGGUGCUGAUUCUGCUCAACAACGUGCGCAUGCUGAUCAGAAACGCCUGCCCGCCAUGACGUGGAUCAGUUCACACUGAAUAAAAUAUGAUUUCGGAUUUUGCUCGGGCUCGCUGGCAAUUUGACCAGUUCUUCACUCGUUACUCUACAAUUUGGUCGGUUGCAUGGCGUGUACCCACGGCUUCCAGUAGUGCUCAACCGUAUCCGGAUCGCGCCAUUUGCUCCAGUCCGCGGUGGUGAGGCCCCAGGUGUCAUCAAAGUCCUGGACGCCAGAGCGGAUGCGGUAGGAGCCGGCGAGUGCCCACAUGGCCCAACUGAUGCCAUGCUUCUUUGUGAACUCCUUGAGGCAGUUUUGCAGCAGGUCGUCAUACAGCGAGCUGGCCUGCUCAUGGCCAAACUCGGACAGGAUGACCGGCGUGAGGCGCAC